AACACUUAUUUCACAAGCUCACAACUUAACUUAUACCAUACACACAACUUAAUUCUGAUAGUAUCCACAUAGAUACACACCUACACAAUAUGUACCAACAACAGAAUCCAUAUGGACAGGGGCCGCCACGACCAGACCCGAAUGAUCCACUGUAUCAGUGGUUUCUUUCAGUUGACACAGAUCGAAGUGGCUUCAUUGAUCAAGAUGAGCUCCAACGAUGCUUAACAAUGAGUGGGCUUUCCGGGUCGUGGAAGCCUUUUUCCGCAGAAACGUGUCGUCUGAUGAUUGCUAUGCUGGAUAGAGAUCAAAAUGGGACUCUAUCGUUCGAUGAAUUCAAAAACUUAUGGCAAAUCGUCAACGGCUGGAAGCAAGUGUUCCUCCAGGCUGAUGCAGAUCGUUCCGGAUUUGUCGACGAGCGAGAACUAGCACAAUGUAUAGCACAAUUAGGAUAUCGACUGUCGCCCCAGACUAUCGGGAAUAUGGCCAAAAGGUAUUCAGACAACUCGUCGAAACAGCUUGCGUUCGAUGACUUUGUCGCGUGCAUUGUGCGCAUGAGGGCGCUUACCGAUGGCUUCAUGGUGCUGGACCACCAGCGCACUGGCGUGGUACAAAUGCCCUACGAUAAGUUCAUACAGCUGUCCAUGAUGUAUUAACGGCGACUGAGUGCAAGGACUGGUCUCGGAAAUACCAUUGAAGAGGAAUCAAAGUAGGAAUUGCGGGGAGUGUCACGUCAAGGGUUGCAUAUCGUUCCAAAAUUUUGGAUAAAACUUUUUCGGAACCCGAAUGCAACGAAAUCGAUCCGAACAUACUACGGUCAACUUAUACAGAGCUUCUAUGCAAGUCGUAGAUGGCUGUUCUGAGCACAAAUGUGGCGGCACUUGGUGGGCUUACUUCACACCUACGUGUGGUAAUCUGUCCAUCGACUAUAGACCGGUCUCGCUCACAAAAGGUUCAGAAUCUGCACCAAGUUGGUGUAGUAUCUGACCCCACUGACAAUAAAAUUGAACUAUAAACCGA